AUGGGAAGUUUUACAAGUGCUAUCAUUAAACACUUUGAAGAGGAAUACAGAUUUGAGGAACAUUAUAGAAAUAGACCUCCUAUUAAACCACUUGAAUCACUUUCACAUCACCAACAAGUGAAAAUGAAUUUUCAUCAACCUCAACAGCAACCACUUCACAACACGACUUGCUACUCUCGAAAGAAUAGCCUUGGAAUUGUCAGCACUAGUAUAAGCAGCUCGAAUACAAGCUCCACCAGUAGCACAAGCACGAGCAGUAUUAGCAACAGUACAUUAAGACAUGCCUCCUCCCGAAUGUCAAAAUAUUUCAUAUCAAGUGAUGAUUCAAACAAUCAAAAUAUAUCACCAGGACCUGGUGGUUCAGGAACAAUCAUGAGAAAAUCCUCAAAACCUGAUCUAUAUAAGAAAAUCCUCUCACCUGUACCAAUAGAUAUUCCAGAAUAUCCAAUAGAAGAUUCUACAUCAGAUAACUCCUCACAUUCCCUCCUGAAACAAAACUCACUUCCCUGUUUAAAACCAAAUGGAUGUGAUAGAUUGAAAGAAAAGACACUUACCAAGAGUAGGUCAAUGCGAGAAAAGGGCUUGAAACAAAUUAGAUUUGCAGAUGAGCCAGAAAUUAUUAUGGAGAGAGUUGGCUCUGCUGAUUCGCGUGCAGAGAUGAUGUUUAGCAAAAAGAUGGUGCAACAACACGAUGCUUCUUCUUCUGCAUCGACUGCUUCUAGAAAACAGUAG